CUCGUCACUGUUUUUAUCCCUCGGCUCAGUGCGUAAGGAAAUAUGACAGCCUGUUGUGGGUCCUAUUUAUCAGUGAAGAGUUCAGUGUACAAUCAAACUGGUGAGAAUUUCUUCCAACAAUUGGGAGUGUACAAUCACAUGAACACUCACCUCCGUCGAGUAUUGCAAGCGAAAUGUGUGGUUGACUCGAAAAACCCACGGUAUGUCCAGAGGCACGACAACUACAAGUACCUGAGGGGAGAGAAAUGCCUGCACAAGUGUCACUCCUACGACAACAUCACGAGAUCCGCUCGGAAUUCCCAGUACCACUUGAUCGAGAUGUUGCAACCGAGUUCUGGUCCGACCAAAGGCUCCACGAAGUCUCUGGCAUCCUUCAAGAGUCAGAACCGUGACAAACACUCGAUGAAUUCCAGAAGAAAUGCCCCAUCGAGGCAAGAACUCACCAGUUGUAAACCCACGGUGCACGUAAUUGAGCCCGAAAGACCGGAAGUGAAGCCCUAUCCGAACGAUCAACUGUAUUCUGACUACGAGUCGAGCUUCGAGGCCUCGACGAAGGCCUCCGAGCGUGGAAUUCCGGUCUCGAAAGAGGAAAAGUCGUCAUCCCCGAAGAGGGAGCCCUCAAGGAGCCGAAAAAAACAGCUGGAAAACCUGAAAUACCUGAAAUUCCUUCACGAAAUAACUCAAGAGAUCAUAGAAACCGGCGUUCACAGGGACGAGGAGAUUAAAAAAGUCCUCAAGAAACAUUUGACAAAGAACUUAUCCUCUUUAAACAAGAAGAAAAUGCUCAAGAAACUGCGCCAGCUGAGGUCAUCCCUGAGCAUUUCCGACGAGGAAGACGAGGAUGAGCAGGAGAUCGACUCGUCGACCGAGAAAACGUAUUCUUCAGUCGAGAAAAAUCAAAGCACAACCGGCAGAAGUGAGAGGACCACCGAGGCCAGCAGAAGAGGUGGCAAAAGCGAGGAGAAUAAGUCUGGUUACGACUCUGGAGACUCCGAUGCGUCUCAGGUGUCCGAGGAGUCUAUAGAGUGGCAAUCUGAAAUAGAGUCGGUGAUCAAUGAAGAGGAGUCCACGUCGGAGAGGAUUGAUCCACAGGGAACGUAAAUUUAUUCGGAAACACAAGAAUCAUAACAAUGUUAUCUUUAAGAUAUAUACAGGGUUCAUUCAUGUGUUCUGUCGACUACGAUUAUUAAACUUGAGCUAUGAUGUGUCUGUAAAAAAAUAUAAGCAUCCAAGUUUUACGUCUAAACAUUUUACGGUAAUCAUGCUGUAAUUUCUAUAUUGAUGAGGUCAAUGUGCUUUUUAAGGAUGUUUAGUGCAAUUUAUUUGUUCUAUUUUGUGUUAAAAUUGAUCUGUACAUUUUCAGAGAAAUCCUGUCAGUGGAGUGGCAAGACGUGACAAUUUCAGUCUAGAAUUUUUUUUUCAGUAUUAAAAAAAAACAUACAUUAUUAUAUAAUGUACAAGUAUUGUGAUAAUACAAU